GAGGCUCGAAACGUCAGCCUUCCUGCUCCUCUGAUGCCGCUGGGCCUGCUGUGUUCGUCCAGCUCCACACCGUGUUAUCACAGCCCAAGAUAUCCGCGAAUGGUCAGCGCUCGCUGCCGGGGCGCGGACCGAUUGGUGCAACAGGUUGUCCCUCAAGUGAUGAGGCGGGCUCUACACCUUUGCCAUGUUGCACCUGGACUGUAAAGGACGAAAUAAUGAAAGCCAUUAACAAGAUGGAUCUUGCAGAUUUUAAAGGAAGAAAGGUUAGGGUUCAGCCAUCCAAGGGAAUUGCCAAAACACAAUCUGUCAGUGGUGCAGUGGAAAAUUUUCGUCCCCUCGGAAGAUCGAGCCACCAGGAAGCAGAAUGCUCCAGGGCACCGUGUGAGUCCCCAGAUAGGUACGGCCAGCAAAAGUCACUCUACACUUGUUCCCACCCAGACGGUGUUACCCAGCAAUCUGUUGAUGAUUACGAGCACUUUGCACCCGGCCCUCACCUUGGGUCCCAAGCUGCCCGCCGUGCGCGCUGGGGCUAUCGGCUCCAGUAUUCUGUCCCUCCGAGCCUCUCCAAGAACAAAUCCCUGUACCACCGCUUCCGCCUGCCUCCGCUCCCUGCACCAAAGCUGGAAAACAGAAAACCCACAAAGAGGAAAAUACCUCGGGAGGAUAAGCCUGCCUUCGUCAAAAGGUCCUGUCCCUCGCUUGUCAAUAUCACUACUCAAGGACAGAGCCUCCUGAUGAAACAGUUAAACACUUCUGAGAUGGGAGAGAGUUCCCAAUCUAAUCUGUUAAGUGCUCACAUCCUGGCAGGGAGGCCCCAAUCCGGUAUGUUAAACACCUCCACUUUUGGAGAGAAUACCCAAUUUGGCCUGUUAAGUACCCACGACUUAGGAAUGCAAGGCCAAUCCAGGUUAAACACCUCUGUCCUUAAAGAGAGUGCUCGAACUGGCCUGUUGGACACCCCCACUCUGGAAGAAAGUGCUCAAUCUAACUUGUUAAAGACCCUCAUCUUGGGAAUGCAUGCCCGAUCCAAUCAGUCAGACACCCCUAUUGCAGAUCAGGGUCAACGAGCCAGCCUUUUGAGUUCCCCGUCUGCAAGAAAGAGUGCUCAAUCUGGCUUGUUAAGGGAGCCCUUACUGAGAAAGAGUGCUGAAUUUGGCCUGCUAAAUACUCCAAGCCUCAGAAAGAGUGCUAAAUCUGGCUUGCUAAAUACUCCCACCCUCGGAAAGAAUGCUAAAUCUGGCCUGCUAAAUGCUCCUGCAUCCAGCAGAACUGCGCAAUCUGGCCUGUUAAACGCUCCCCACCAUUCUGAGAGAGAUAGUCUGAUUGGACCUGUUAAAUACCCCUGCCCUGGGGAACAGUGCUGAAUCCAGCCAGAGACAUGUGUCUUCUUGUCUCUGCCCCUGCUCACCCAUAAAAUACACUUGCUCAGUUUUGCUCCACAUCAAUUUGUACCUCCCAAGUGAGAUGCCAGUUUCUGCACCUCUAGGUGUCAAACUAAUCCGAGCCAGCAGUCUUUUCAGAGAUAAGUGCUGAGUUUCAUCAGAUCCUGAACUGUUAACCUUUAUUGUAGACCGCAAAGAAACUGAUUCUAGUUGGAGGCAUAGAUACAGUUUCAGGCUAAUUCCGCUCUCUCACCCACCACCCCAACCCUGUCUCACUGCAGCAAAAUCUGGACCUUCUGUUGGCACCUCAGUUUCUUGCUCGUUUCUUGUCCCUAUGCCCUGACAUUUUUCAUUGUCUAGGGCACUUCCCUCAAGGUCAGCGGAGCAAAGCAUUGCCUUGCUGUCUUGGCAUGUCUCAUCAAAGGUCCUGUGACAAUGAGUGUCCCUCUUCUGACUUGAAGGCAGUGGAUGUGUAAAACUGCUCCCAUCCACUCCUUGUCUGACAUUCUUCAGUGAGUUACCUUCCCGUGCAUUGCUGAACUGCAUUUUUAGCUCAAUUUUAAAUUUUGCAUACCUUCUGGCUGGGGACAUCUACUGUACCUUCUCCUACCAACAGCAAGGUGAGAUUUGCUUAGUGCAGUUAGAACACCGAAACUGAUGAUAUCCCAGUUAGUUAACUAUGCGCAAAUGCUUUGUGAAGUUAACUGGAUGUCACGGAGUUUGCGUCUAUAGAAGUUAUCCUAAUUAGCAGUGGCUAUCAAUUACCAGUAAUGUGUCCCCUUUCUGAAAGCAGGAACAAUACGCAAAAUUUAUACAAAAGCAAAGAUGGAUCAAAUUAAAUCAAACCCCAUUCACCAUAUCAACUGUACUGCCUCUUGUACAAUCAUCCUGACCAUUUCUUCUGGCUAGCUGGCUCUCUCUACAAUUCUGAUGAAAAUUCAAGGGCCAGGAUUGAUACAUUCAAUUACACACCCCCUCCCCUCAUCCCCAACGUGUUCCAGCAAAGUUGUAUUUGUCCUCCGAUAUUUUGAGACAUCCACGUCAAAACACUGUUUAAAAUUGCUGCAUGUGCUUGUGAAGUGUUGCUGUUUGUUACAGGCACACAACAGUUUUGAAGUGAGCUGUGGUCGGUAGUUACAACCAAAAUUUGGUCAGCACAUUUCAAUCUGCAGUUCAACUCUGACUGACUUGUAUCUGAAUUUACUCAACAAUGUUAGGCUUAAACUGAUACAUUCCCACUUUUAUCAAUAGAAGAAUUAACUCCACAUCACAUGAUAUAAUGCUCCUGAUUUGAUUUGUUUGAGCAAUACCAUUGAAUAUUUAAUAAAAACCAAAAGAAAUGCAGACGCUGUAAAUCAGGAACAAAAGCAAAGUUGCCGGAAAAGCUCAGCAGG